AUGGAGCCAUUGUGGAACUCCUCCCUCCCCUUCCCACUGCCCAUGCCCAACACCUCGUCCUCUGAGUCACCCGAGGGCGGAGCUCUGUCCCAGUCAAUAGCGCUACUCGCCAUGCUGCUCAUGGACCUGCUGGCCGUGGUGGGCAACGUGGCCAUAAUGGCUGUCAUCGCCAAGGCCCCACAGCUACGUAAGUUUGCCUUUGUCUUCCAUCUGUGCCUGGUGGACCUGCUGGCGGCCCUGGUUCUGAUGCCCCUGGGCAUGCUCUCAGGCCGGGCCUUCUUUGGCGAGGCCCUGUGUCGGAGCUACCUCUUCCUCAGCGUGUGCCUGGUCAGCGCCGCCAUCCUCUCCAUCUCAGCCAUCAAUGUGGAGCGCUACUACUACAUCAUCCACCCCAUGCGCUACGAGGUGAAGAUGACCCUUGGCCUGGUGGCCUCAGUGCUGGUGGGGAUAUGGGUCAAAGCUUUGUCCAUGUCCGUCCUGCCGCUGCUGGCCUGGGCCUUACAGGGCGAAAGGACUCCUCUUCUGGAGGGUGCUGGAGUUGGGGGAGGGGGUGGAGGUGUACCCUCACCCUCUGCUGCUCAGGGUCACAGGCGAUGCUCCUUGCACUGGACAGGGGGCGGGUCAAACCGUGUUGCCUUCAUGGUCCUGUUCACGCUGGUGUACUUCCUGUGUCCACUGAUGGUCAUCCUGGUAGUGUACUGCAGCAUGUUCAAGGUGGCACGGGUAGCGGCCAUGCACCACGGGCCCCUGCCGACCUGGAUGGACACGCCCCGCCGCCAUCGCUCUGAGUCGCUCAGCAGCCGCUCCACCAUGGUGACCAGCUCGGGGACAGGGGCGGGGCGCGACACUCCUCACCGCGCCUUCGGAGGGGGUAAGGCGGCAGCGGUGUUAGCAGCAGUGGGAGGACAGUUCCUGUGCUGUUGGCUGCCCUACUUCUCCUUUCACCUGUACUCAGCUCUGGCCUCUAGCCCUCCAGCCACGCUGGCCCCCCUGGAGGAGGUGGUCACCUGGAUCGGCUACUUCUGCUUCACCUCCAACCCCUUCUUCUACGGCUGUCUGAACCGGCAGAUCCGCGAGGAGCUGGGCAAGCAUGUGCCCUGCCUGUUCCGCCAGGCAGCGGGAGAGGAGGACCGACUGCCCAGCCGUGAGGGAUCCAUAGAGGAGAAUUUCCUGCAGUUCCUCCAGGGCACUGGCUGCAACCUGGAUCCCCAGGACUCCCACAGCACCUCCAGCCCCAAGGGAGAGGCCUGCCGACCCCUGGCCCAGCCCCCACAGCCUAUACCCAUUGACUUCCGCAUCCCAGGACAGAUUGCAGAGGAGACUUCAGAGUUCCUUGAGCAUCACCAGAUUAAAAACAACCAUAUCAUAUCGGACAGUUAG